AGACGGAACGGAAUUCUCUCUCUGUGCGUGUCUCGCGCUCCUCUAACUGCCCUAACGGACGAGAUGCCGCGUUCGCCGUCGGGGGUAGCAGAUGCUGUUUGUCAGCGAGCACCUAUUAAGGGUCGACGCGAUACACACAUGUUGUGUGUGCUCCCUCCCGCCACCCCCUCGGAAAAAAUAGCCUCGUCAGGCUAUUGGGGCAAGUGCUGUUAGCGAGCACCUAUUGUCAAGAAGGCAAAGGCGCAGCUCCUGCAGUUGCUCGCUCACGCCGCUGCUGGCGGAAGGGAGGGCCUCCUCCACUCGAGGGCGGGGUGCGUGACGCCGACACGGGCUGACACGGGGAGAUACAAAGUUGGAGCAUGGAAGGAAGACGCCAUCCUGAGUCCCGACCAUGGAAAUGGCAACAUCAGUUAAAAGAGAGUGGAGGAGGCCCUGCGAGUCGAGGCCCUGUGAGCCGGGGCCCCGCGGGCCGGAACCCCGUGAGCCGGGGCCCCGCGGGCCGGGGUCCGGGAUCACCGCGAAGCGACGAUGAGUCCCUCGCGUGGCUAUGGGCCCAAGUGGAGCUUCUCCGAGCCCCGUGCCGGGCUCCCUCUCAUCCCUUAUCCCCCCACCUGCCGGGGGAGCCUUCCACCCAGGGGGUCUACCCCCCGACUCACGGCAGCCACAGUAGCGGCAUCGGCAAGAGCGGGGACCCCGAGGUGGAAGAGCCCCUGAGACACUGGGUCCCCUACGUCUACCUGGCCUGCAACUCGCCCGCGUGCGACAAGUGCAGGGCGAGAGUGAAGCUGAUGCAGCAGCAGAAUGAUCAUCAUCACCAGCAGCAGCAGAAUCAGCAGCAGCAUCAGCAGCAGGAUCAUCAUCAUCAGCAGCAUCAGCAGCAGGAUCAUCAUCAGCAGCAGCAUCACCACCAGCAGCAGCAUCAGCAGCAGCAGCAUCAGCAGCAGCAUCACCAGCAGCAGAAUCGUCAGCAAAUAAAACAUCAGCAGACUCAGCAGACGGUGCAUUGGCCGCAUCGCAAGUGGCAUGAGCAGCAGGUUGAACACCAUCUGCAUCAGCAGCAGAAACUGGAAGAUAUUUGUCAGCAUCGGAAUUAUCAUCAGCUGCGGUAUCAUCAGCAGCUGGAUCAUCAGCAUCAUCAUCACAAUCAUCGGCAUCAGCAGCCGGAUCAUCACUCUCAACAAAGCCGUCUUCAAUAUUACCAUCAGCAUUAUGAGCAUCAGCAUCAACAGCAGCAGCUAAACCUCCACAACCAUCAUCCUCAAUAUCAUUAUAAGCAGCAGCUAAACCACCACUAUCAUCCUCAACAUCAUCAGCAGCUAAACUACCACCAUCAUCCUCAACAUCAUCAGCAGCUAAACCACCACCACCGUCAUCCUCAACAUCGUCAGCAGCAGCAGGAGCAGCAGCAGCCGCUAAACCACCACCAUCAUCCUCAACAUCAUCAUCAGCAGCUAAAUCACCACUACCAUAAUCAUCAUCAGCAGCAGCAGGAGCAGCAGCUCAACCACCACCAUCAUCCUCAACAACAUCAUCGUCAGCAGCAGUGUGCGGGAGUGGGUGAUGUGGGUCAGGGGACUUCGUCUGCCCGCACCCCCUCGUCCCCGCGGGGUCUCGCAGGAGAGAGGGAUAAGCCGGGGUCCCUCCGGGGUCCGCGAGGGGGUUCCACCCCGCCGAGGGGGUCUCUGGUGCCGGGUGACGGCAGCGAGCGGAGUGAGCGGCGAGAAGACGAGACCCGGAGUGGCCGCAGCAGCAGCGGCGGCGGCACGAGCAGAGCAGAGCCAUCCGAAUCGCGGCGCUGCCGCUCCGCCGACCCCGUCCAUCCGGACCUGGGCUGGACACGGAGUCCGGGUGGCGGCGACAGGGGCGACGUUGGAUCCACGGGACCAACGGACACGGGCACUGCCGGCGCCAAGCGCAAAAUCGACGCAGCCAACACCUCGUCACCGUGA